AUGGACCAGUUAUGUAUUAUAUUCCAUACCCCCAUCACCAGUUUAUCCAAGCCCACCCUAGCUUUUGAUGUACGCGAGUUUUGGUACUCCAUCACUAGUUUGGAGUCUUAUGAUUCAGUCCAAUCCGUACAGACCAGUAUUGUGCACCCUGUUCUCAAAAUUUCAUUGAAAAUUAUAUGCAAUAUUAUCUAUGCACAGAUUGAGACUACAAAAGUCAGCAAAGCUGAGCUUUUUCUUUUAUGGUUCAUGGUCACCGGGUCAUACUACCAGCAUUUUGGUGAUCUUAUCAUCAAACGAUUCCAUAGAGUUAUAGCCCUUCGCACUGGCGGUGCAAUUUGUUGUGGCAGUCUGAUUUCUAUCAUUGUCUGCUCCCUCGUGGCGCGAUCUCCUCCAGGGUAG